AUGUCAACUCCCAGGGCGCCUGGAACGGCGCCACAGCCAAUCCACCUACACUCGCGCGUAAAGGUUUCCAACCUCGGUCAUGGCGAAGUCCUCUUCGUCGGCCAGACUUCCUUUGCACCAGGUGUCUGGGUUGGCAUCGAGCUCGAUGAACAGAAUGGCAAGAACAAUGGCUCUGUCCAGGGCAAGCGCUACUUUGAAUGCGACGAUGGCUAUGGUGUCUUUGUCCGCUCCAGUCAAGUCCACGUCUUGUCUCCCGAGGAGGAGAUGCAUAGCGUAGACGACGAGUCCAUGCCUCCUCCACCGACACCUUCUUCGACAGUAACACGUCCCGCUGCCACGCUCACUCCUUCCGCUGCCGCCGCUGCGCGUCUCAGUCCACGCAAGAGCGUAGCACCUACACCAUCCCGGGCACCAGCUACCAGGAGCAGCCUUGCUCCUGCGGCGCCACCUUCUGCGACGAGACGGACCAGCGCUACCAGCGUCAGCAGCAGUAUUUCUUCCGCAUCAGCAUCAAGGCCACCAACGUCGGCCAGCAUCACAUCACGCACCUCCUCCCCCAUCAAGCCAUCCACCGGAGUGCGCUCACCUGUCAAACCAACCGCAACCGGCCGUAUCUCGGCAGCAUCCAGCAUGAUGCGGUCAGCAGCGGCAGCGAGCUCACUUGCAAACAAAACCGCUUCGCCGAGCACCCCAGUCGCCACUGCGCGUACGCUCCGGACCGCUAACACUCCUGCUUCUGCUGCUCUAUCAAGUGCGAGAACGCCAACGGCUGGUUCCGGCAUGACAAGGACAGCGCAAAGAGCCAUUCCAUCCGCAGUCUCAGCCUCCGCCAAACCACAAACCCCAGCAGCUGCCAGGGCAGGGCUUCGUCCUGUCCCUGCAAGUCGACCGUCCAUGAUCAGUGGCGCUUCUCGUACCGCUGCCUCCAGUCCCAGCGUCGCCUCGACGUCUCGUGUCGGUGCAGCACGUGCGGCUGCCGCAUCUGCUCCCAUCUCUCGCGCCGCGAGUUCGAUAAGCAUCGUAUCCCGUGCUGGCAGCUCGCUUGGUCCCUCCCGCCUAGGUCCGAGAAGCUCAGCGGGCAGUGCAGUCAGCUCUGGUCGCACCAGUGCGUCACGCCGUCUGCAAGAUCCUGACGAUGACGAUGCUGACUAUCUGCUAGGAGCACAAGACGAUGAUCAAGACGAUCUCCUUGCUACCGAAUCGUAUGCUAACCUAGCGCAGACCGAUGAGGAUAAUGUGGUGGAUGAUGCAGACCAAACCAUCGACGCUGGCUCAGCUGCAGACUCGACCUUGCGCUCUACCAAGCUGCUCAACAAGUCGACACGAGAUUUCAUGAGCCUUGUCGAGCCAUCCUCUUCCAAUGCAGCGGUGCGGUCUUCCGCCGAGUUUGGCGCCUUGCAAAAGGAAGUCGAGGAGCUGCGUGCCAAAGUGCGCGUUCUCGAAAAGAAGCGUGACGACGAUCGAAAUCGUAUCGCCGAGCUCGAAGGGCUCAGGGAGCAAGCCGAGCUCUCGAUCGCCGCAGCGCCCAAACUCACGGCCAAAGUCCACGAACUGCAGGCUGAGCUCAAAGACCAGAAGAAACUCGAAAAGGAUUGGGCUAUCGAAAAGGACGACUUUGAGCGGCAGCUAUCCCAUCUGAAUGACGAGCUCGAGUCGUUGACCCUGGAUCGUGAGAUGGCCGAAGAGAAAGCCGAGACUGCGGUUCUCGAAGCGCAGGAACAUCUUCUGUCGCUCGAGGCCGCCAACAACAAGAUUCGAGCUCUCGAGAAGGACCUAAAUCCGCAUCUUCUUCGGCGCAGCGCUGGUGCUGGAGAAGCAGGUGGCGACCAAGAUGAUAGUGGUCAAGGCGCCGCGUACUCUGCUGCUUCUGAUUUGUUGCAGCGCGAAAACGAUCAGCUGCGCCGGGUUCUUCGAGACCUGCGUGAUCGUUCCAACGAGACCGAAGGAGAGCACCGCCGAAGGAUCAUCGAGCUUGAGCGCGAGAACACGGAGCUGAUCGAACUGAAUGCGACCAACGAUUCGCUGCUGCCCGAAUUGGAGAAUGCAGAGUCCAUGAUUGAAGAUCUCAAGCUGCAGCUCGACGACGCACUCGGUGCUCAAGACUUGGUCGAACAGCUCACCGAGCGGAACUUGCAGUUGAGCGACCUCGUCAAGAAGCUUCGCGACGAAAUUGAAGAGCACGAGACCAUGGCAGAGAUCAACAACGAGCUAGAGGAACAGCACACCAUCAACGAAAAGGAGCUCCGCGAGGAGAUCGACCUGUGCGAGUCACGCAUCCGCGAUCUGCUCACGCGCAAUGAAGGUCUCGAGAACAACGCGGUUGACUAUCAGAAUACAUUCGCCCAAUUUCGCGACCUUGUCUCGAAUCUCCAAAGCGAACUGGAAGCUACCAAGGCGGAGCAGGCCGAGUAUGGAGGCGGAGACGGUGCGGGACGGAGAGGUUUGGCGGAUCAAGCCAUGCUUAACCUCAAUCUCAAGCUGCAGUCGAGCGCACUCAAAAGUCAAGCCAAGACCAUUGAUUUGGAACUCGGACGGCUACAGGCAGCCCAAGCGACUUCGCAUCUUGAGAUGGUCCGCUCGUAUCUACCGAGCGCCUACUUUGAAGCAGACGCCGAUGCAGUCAAUUGCUUGCUCUUUUUCCGUCGUAUGGCUGCAAAAUCGGAUCUGAUCAAGACCGUCGUCGAGACCAAUCACGAUAUUCAAGAAAGCCUGUCAGGCAUUGUCCCCGAAACCAUGGUCAGCGUCUGCCAGAUGCGUCACUCGAUUGCUCAUUUCACUGCCCUGUCUCGACAGAUUGCUGCAGUGCUGCGUCUAGCGCCCACCGAGGUGUUUCUUCGGGGCGGGCGCAUGUUCCGCGAGAAUAUGGCCAUCGAACGCAAGGUGGAUGCCUUCAUCGCAGCGCUGCGACGCGAAGAGCUCAAAGAACAAGAAUGCGGCCUCGAGUUCGGCAGAUUCGUCAAACAGUUUGAAGAUUUCACCAUGGCAUUGGGCGGAGAGGAAAACGACAGCGAUCUCGCUGCCAAAGAAGUGGGUUCAGCCAACUUGAUCGACCACGAUCUUGAUACACUCAUUGCAGCUCUUGGCUACGCCAAGCAGCAGCUUGCGCAGCUGUAUGCGGAUGACGAUGUCGAGUGGGACAUGGCAAGCAAGAACAUCGAGGAUGACGUCUUUGAUCCGCUGCAGGAGCUCAUCAAUCGCAUUCGCAACACCAAGGUGCUUACGCGUAAAGUGUUGCGCAGGCUUUUGAGCCUCGCCGAAAACGACGAAGCGGUGCGAAUGGAGGCCAUCAUGGCGCUUCCACCGCUGGGCAGGCUCACAUCACAGCUGGUGACAUUUGCCACACAGCUGUCCACGUCAAUCUCGACGUACGUUGCCGAGGUGCGAACGUCCAAGACGGUGUUCGAGAUCUCCAAGGUGAUCGAGAUGGUGGCGGAAGCGACCGAAGAAGGACUCGGCAAGCCAGACAUCAACCUGUGGUCUGGCCCACUUUCGUCCACUUUGCAUCUGUCGAACACCGUUCAGACAGUGCUCACGGCCAUUGUCGAGCAAGGAAACGUCAUUCGCAUCGUCGGUCCCGGUCCCUGGCUUGCACGCGCGGUCGAGAUCAAGACGCAGGCAGCUCAGAAUCCCGAGCUAGAAAGGCAGGUGACCAAGCUGAGCGAAGACGCGCGCGACUUGCUCCGGCAGGUGAAAGCACGAGAUCAGGCGUUGCAAGAGGGUUCGAUCAAGAUUGAACGGCUGCAAAAGCAACUGGAGAAAUCAAAGGCACAGGUGGACGAGCACAGCGAUGUGCGUUCGAAGCUCACUGAAACGCAACGUCAAGCCAAGGCGUACCAGGAUGCAAACGAUGCUCUACAGAGCGAGAUCGAGGCGUUGCAGAAGGAUCACGAUCGGCUGAAAGCCCAGCUGGCUUCUGCGCCGGAGGAUGCAUUGGCAGCGAAUCAAGCAGUGGGCGAAGGCGAAGCCCGAAUUGGUGGCGCUGGUCGUGCGCUCGCAGAUGGCGCAGUGGACGUAGGCGCGAGCUAUGGCAGUUUGGAGACGUCCUAUCUGGUGGAUCAGCUGGAAGCGCUCAAAGGUGCGCUCAAGCAUCUACGCAACGAAAAUGCUAGUCUCAAGGGUAGCGCCUUGUUGCAACAGAUGGAAGCACUUCCUGCCCUUGUUCGUCGAUCGCAGCCGGAAGUGGUUGCCGCCAAGAGCGGCGACGAAAGCGACACCAAGAAGAUCGGAGAGCCGGUCAAACGUGUACCGCUGCGUACGGCUCGCAGGGCUAACACGGCGGCUGGUGGAUCGGUUCUUACCGAAGCAAAGCAGCUCUACAACACAGCGCUCACGACGUUGGCCUUGUCGAGCGUGGUCGAUCUCACACCGCUGAGUUCAAAGUCAGCACGGCUGAUGGAAUCCACCGGUGAGGCCGGUGCAACGGAGAGCAAAGGCGUAGCGAGAAGACCCUGGUUGCCAUAUCACAAGCAGCCAGAGGUGCAGUUGGAGCAACAGACACAAACGCGACUCAAGCUGUCAAAGCAGCUGACGGCUCUUUCGGAACGAUUAGCGCCGGCGGUUGGCUCAGUGACGUCGGCGCCGAGGUUCACGAUGCGUACCAUUUCGACCUAG